AGACUGGACUUUGUCUACACCAUUUACCACUGGUGGCAGGCUAUCGCCAUCUUCAUAGUCUACCUGUGGACUGGACUCAUCAUGAGGGCCAAACUCUCCAUUCUAUUGGUCAUCUUGCUGCUGGCAUGCUUCUGCUAUUGGACGAUGGAGCGACGCCUGGCCAAGAACAUGCUUUUCAGACUGCCUCGCAUUCCCCGCCCCAAACACAAGGUUAAAGGUUAUCGUUACCUGGAGGAGGAAAACUCAGACGAGUCYAACUCGGAGGAGAGUGAUGAGGAUGAUGAUGAAGAGKCGCAGGAGGAGGUGAUCAGGGAGGACUURGGCGGAGACGCAGGGUCGCAGGGCUCUGAUUCGACCAGGGAAAGGAGGGGAGGGGCUAGGGGUCGGCGCAGGAGGCAAGACGAUGAUUAUGAGCAAGCGGGGGAAAGGGAGGAGAGAGAGAAGGAGUGAUAGAGAGAGGGAGAGGGAUAGAGAGAGGGAGGAGAUUUCCUCUACUCUAGGUGUUCUCUAGCUGUCCUCUAGCUGUCCUCUAGGUAUCCUCUAGGUAUCCUCUAGCUGUCCUCUAGGUAUCUUCUAGAUGUCCUCUAGGUAUCCUCUAGGUAUCCUCUAGCUGUCCUCUAGCUAUCCUCUAGCUGUCCUCUAGGUAUCUUCUAGGUAUCCUCUAGCUGUCCUCUAGGUAUCCU